AUGCUGUCUCCCUCGCCGUUGAAGCCCUCCGCUCCAUCAGCGUCACUCCUCCGAUUUCUGCGCUCUCAAUCCGAUUAUUUCACAGCCAAUCCGUCAACAUGCCUCCGUUCUACAACAUGUUCCAAAGGGCGACCAUCGGGCGCCCUGUCGCUCCGGAGAAUAUCAAAUUGGACAGGCCUUGAUCCUGCGCCAUGCAGGGCAACAGUCGAAGCGAACCUUUUCGCCAUCCCGAACCUCUCAACCAAAAAAAAUACUCCUCCGCGGGGUCGAUGCGCACUCGGCAAAGAAGAACCUGUCCAACUAUCACUUUCGCCUCUUAACCCUUUUCCUUCACGAACUGCGUCGACCAAGAGCCGUCCGCUACUGCGCAGGCUUUUCGAUCUGAGGCGGAGCAAAGAAUCGGACGCCAAAUCUAAGGCUAGUCGCACUGGGCCUGCGCUGAUUGAUGACGGAACAGAAUCGAAUUUCAACAUUGGGCGCGGAUUAGUAUCAAAGGCGACAAAUGAAUUGCGAUUGCGAUGCACCGAGUUUGAUAUAAACGGGAAUGUCACGCUUGUCAACGGGGAGUUCAGAAAGAGCGAACUGAUUGCGAAGUACGGUCUACUUCCCCGAGAUCUUCGCAAAAUCGAUUCCUCAACCUUGCCGCACAUCCUUGUUCGGCCGAGCGCUAUCCUUAUUAACCUCUUGCAUCUUCGAGUUCUAAUAAAAGCUGACCGGGUUCUUGUGUUUGACGCCUACGGAUCGACAGACUCUUACAUGCAAUCGUUGUUCGUGUACGAUUUGGAGGGAAAGCUUCGACAGAAGCAGGCCCAAAGCGCCGGUGCCCUACCCUACGAGUUCCGCGCUCUGGAAGCGGUAUUGAUCAGCGUUACCGCCGGGUUGGAAGAAGAGUUCAACGGUGUUAGAGAUCCGGUUGUGCGCGUUCUUCGAGCCUUGGAAGAGGAUAUUGAUCGGGACAAGCUGCGACACCUUCUGAUCUAUUCCAAGAGGCUUGGUACUUUCGAGCAGAAAGCAAGACUGGUCCGAGAUGCAAUUGAUGAUCUUCUGGAGGCAGACGAUGAUUUGACUGCCAUGUAUUUGACUGAAAGAUCCCAGGGGACGCAGCGAACAGACGAUGAUCACCAAGAAGUUGAGAUGUUGCUCGAGUCAUACCACAAGGUCUGUGAUGAAAUUGUCCAGGCUAGCGGCAACUUGGUGACUGGUAUCCGGAACACUGAGGAAGUUGUCAAAGCGAUUCUCGACGCAAACCGCAACUCUCUCAUGCUUCUCGAUCUCAAGUUCAGCAUUGGUACCCUCGGUCUGGCCACCGGAACACUCUACGCCGGUCUCUAUGGAAUGAACUUGAAGAACUUUAUCGAAGAGUCUGACUACGGUUUUGGCGGUGUCUCUGUCACCUGCUUCGCGAUCACCGCAGUCGUCUGCGUUUACGGACUCCACAAGCUCCGCAAACUCCAACGCGUCCGGAUGUGGGGUGAAUCCGGCGCUGGGGGAGCCCCUAUCGCACCCCUCGCCAGCAAUGUCGGCCACAGGUCCAACUGGCGGGCAGAUUCGAUUGAACCUGUCUGGGGCAGUUACCCCGGUGAAGGACGGGUUGAGAGGAUCAAGCGUCUUAAGGAAGGCGCUGCUGCGACAGCUGCUAAAUCAGCUGCGUCCGAUGCGACAGCAACCAAGGCAUCUGAUCUCAUGAAUAAGAUGGAAUACACGAGACGUGUUCGCAAAGAUGCCUCGGCGCAGGGGUCGGCAGAGCAUUAUCCCUCUCGUGGCAGCGAUCACAAAGAUUCCUCUUCUUGA